GUGCAAGUAAAAACACAACCACCUUAGCUAAUCCGACCGUGAAGAAGAACAGCAUGUCGUUGAACGACAUGGGGCGCCGCCUGGCCCUGGUCAUCGUCUGCUGCAUCCUCCUCUCGUCGCUCCGCACGGCGGCCGCGACGGGAAAGACCGGCCGGAUCACGGUGUACUGGGGCCAGACCUCCAGCGAGGGGUCGCUACGCGAGGCCUGCGAGAGCAACCUCUACUCCACCGUCAUCCUCUCCUUCCUCACCAACUUCGGCCGCGGCAAGUACGAGCUCAACCUCGCCGGCCACCCCUGGAAGGCCGUCGGGCCCCACGUCAAGUACUGCCAGUCCAAGAAGAUCCUCGUCCUCCUCGCCAUCGGCGGCGGCAUCGGCAAGUACUCCCUCGCCUCAAGGGCCGACGCCAAGAAGGUGGCGGAGCACCUCUGGAACUACUACCUCGGCGGGAAGUCCCGCGACCGGCCGUUCGGCAACGCCGUGCUGGACGGCAUCGACUUCGACAUCGAGCUCGGGAGCCGCGCCCACUACGACGACCUCGCCAGGCACCUCAAGGCCUACGGCGACAGGAAGGGCGCGAAGAAGGUGUUCGUCACGGCGGCGCCGCAGUGCCCGUUCCCGGACAGGAUGCUGGGGGAGGCGCUCCGGACGGGGCUCUUCGACCGCGUGCACGUCCAGUUCUACAACAACCCCGUGUGCAGCUACAGGGCCGGCAACGUGGCCGCCUUCAAGAAGGCGUGGAAGGACUGGACCAAGAGCCUGCCCAACAGCUCCGUCUACCUCGGCCUGCCGGCGGCGCGAGGGGCGUCCAACAAGGGCAGUGGCUACGUGGAUCCGGGGACGCUGGUGUCCAAGGUGCUGCCCAUCGUGCAGCGCUCCAACAACUACGGAGGCAUCAUGCUCUGGAGCAGGUACUUUGACGUCAAGUCCGGAUACAGUAGGCGCGUCAAGAAAUUCGUCUGAGAUGCCUGCAUCUGCAUGCAUCUAUCAACGAUUAUACUACUACGGACGAGUAGCCCCCUACGUACAUGGAGUGCCCUAGCAGUACAUAUGCAUGGCACCGUAAUAAGUAGUAAGAAAUUCGCCGGACCAUAUGUGAUCUGAUGACCACGUGUACCUUACUAUAUGCAUGUCGGGAAGUUGUUCUCUGAGUGUAAUUCCCAAACUAUAUAUGUAUGUGUAUGUAUGUUGUGCAAUAAAGGGGACUUUUAGUUUUAUUGCA